GGUAGGGGUUAGAAUGUCAUGGCGGACGCCCUUAUUUCAAAUCAGACGUUCCUUCUGAUGCCAGCACCAGAAGGAAGCUUUUGCGUAGGAACACAAAUUUGGAGGCCCUUUGAUCUCAACAAGGUUCGGACACCACCACCGGCAUCGGAACCGACACCGACCUUUGCUUUUCUAAUGUCCACACUGACUUCCCCACCGCCACCGCCAAUGUCCGCCUUUGCUCUUCACACCGCCGUGCGGAUGUCCGGCACGACAUCGCCAGCUUAUGUCUCAGCACUAGCACCGCCCAUGGCUGCCUCGACAUCAAGUGAGUCCACCUCGUCCGCCUCGGCAUCAAGUGGGUCUGCCUUGGCACUGCCCAUGUCCAGGAUGAAAAUUUCCACCUCGGCACAUCUUGGUGACGUUUUAUUUUCAAUGUUUUAUUGCUUGAAACAUGUUUAUAUAUAUAGGAGUUCAUGUUUGAAUUCGAGUCCUAUGAACUUAGGUCGCGUUUGCUACCGAUUCUGUUUUCGGGAAUAGAUUCUGAUUAGAAAUGAUUCUUUUUUAUUCUAUUCCCGGAAACUACUUUUUAAGCAUUUUUAAGCGGUUUGUUAACUGUCCAAUUUUUUUCAUUUUAGAAUAGAAUUAUGUUGGUA